CACAAGAACCAGAUCCUCUGUCCUGCCACAUCAGCAAAUGCAAUCUCAAGUUUCGUAGAUUGCUUAUUUCUUCAUCACAUACUCUCCCAUUCCCUUUUUUUUUAUUUUAUUUUCAUAAGAAGAAGAACACAACUAAGACAAAACCAAUGGCAGCGAGUGCAUCUCCAAUGGCCAGCCAGCUAAGGAGCAGCUUCUCCUCCACUUCUCUAGCGAAGCGCCUCGCCGUUCCCAAGGGCAUCUCCGGCGCUCCCUUCGGUGUUUCUCCAACCAAAAGAGUCUCUUCCUUCACCGUCCGAGCUGUUAAAUCCGACAAGCCUACGUUCCAAGUGGUUCAACCAAUCAAUGGUGAUCCAUUCAUCGGAAGCUUGGAAACUCCCGUGACAUCUAGUCCCUUGAUCGCGUGGUACCUUUCCAACCUCCCUGGCUACCGCACUGCUGUCAACCCGCUCCUCCGUGGUGUCGAAGUGGGUCUAGCCCAUGGUUUCUUCUUAGUGGGUCCAUUCGUCAAGGCUGGUCCAUUAAGGAACACUGUUUACGCUGGUCAGGCCGGCUCUUUAGCCGCGGCUGGGCUUGUCAUCAUCCUCAGCAUGUGCCUCACCAUCUACGGAAUCUCUUCUUUCAAGGAAGGAGAGCCGUCGAUCGCACCGAGUUUGACUUUGACCGGGCGGAAGAAGCAGCCUGACCAGCUUCAAACGGCUGAGGGAUGGGCUAAGUUCACAGGAGGGUUCUUCUUUGGAGGGAUCUCUGGGGUGACUUGGGCUUACUUCCUUCUUUACGUUCUUGACCUUCCUUACUUCGUCAAGUGAAUGUAGAUCAAAAUAUGAGUGUACCCUUCAACUCUCUUGCAUCAUUGUUUUUACUCUUGUCUUGAUCAAGAACCUUGAACUCAGGAUUAUUAAUUUAUAGUACUCUUUCUUCAUCUUAUUGA